CCCUGCUCAUGUCGUUAUUACGUCGGUUUGCAGGGAAUCCUGCAUGGAGGAAUAAUGUCUUUGGUCAUCCACAGAGACUCUCGCAACAACAACAACAUCAGCAGCGAUGUCUGAAUCUUUGGGCUUUCCAACGACGUCCCCAACGUGGUUUGAUGCGCAUAUCGGUUCGUGAAAAACCAGAGUUUUCAACCAAUCCAUACGUGGAAUCCAUGCGUCGACUGAAAGUACAAGCCAAAUUUGCAGGCAAAGUGGCAGGCUAUGCUCUGAUUUCUCUUACAGCAACUGUCACGUUGCUGUGGCAAUCGUACCAUCUCUACAUUGAGUAUAUGCUCGAAAGCACGCCCAGUGAACUCGGUUACAAAUCGCGCAAUUUGCUUCACGGAGCUUACUUUCGAGAGAAAAUCGCCCCCGACUUUGCUAUUGCCGCUGUUUAUUUAAGAGAAGUAUUGGAAAUUGCUUUGGAAGAAAAGAAGCUCGACGAAGCAUCGCCCACUUUGAUUCGCCUACGUUUACGCCUGGCGGACGAUGAAGCCAAAGCAGGCAAUCUCUUGGAAGCCAUCACGGAAUAUACACGAUCAUGGAAGUUACUUUUGCAGCAGUCGUCCCACGAAGAAAGGCAGCAGGCAUUGAUUCAGACCGCCAAACAUUUGGGCGAUCUUUAUUUGCGGAUUGGUCACGGUGAACAAGCCGAGGAAUUUUUCGCUUACGCACUGCACGCAUCGAGCUCUAUCCAACAGCCUAAUGAUGACCAACGAUUUCUCAAAGUCACAACCACCACGUCGCUGGCGAGUCUCUAUGCAACGCAGCGAAACUUCAAACUCGCAUUACCCUUAUUUACUCAAGCAUUGAAAGAAUUACCGGAUGAAAACACUGUCAGCGAACCAAAGUGGACUUGUCUUCGCGCUAUUAUCAUGAACCAGCUUUCUGAAACGAUGUAUGGUCUGGGCAAACACGAAGAAGCUAUGGGAUGGGCACAAGAUUCCCUGCGCUACUGUAACAUGGAGAAGACAACGCGUGACUGUCAAGAAUGUGGCGGUGUCGCAGCCAACAAUUUGGGCCGAUUGCUAGAACUGAAAAAGGAAUUUGAUCAAUCAUGGAACUAUUAUCAGCAAGCCAUGGCGUAUGCGGAUUCGGCCGGUGACGCUGACGGAAGUAUUCGAUAUGCGGACAAUGCGCUGAGGGUGGAAUCAAUGAUGAGUCAACAUGAGCUCCCUGUAACCACAACAAUGACUGAAGGCUUGUCCCUACCAUUGUCAAAGAAAGGUUCAUUGGAGGAAGAUAAUACCAACAACUCAUCAUCAAAGUCAUCAUGGAAAAAAUGGUUAUCAAAAAAAUAACGGGUGUAACGGGUAAAACGUUUUAGUAUUUACAAGAGAUAGACAUACAAUAAAGAAAGCAAUGACAAAGG